CAUACCCAAAUCAAAGAAAGAUUCAUAGGUCUUUUCCCAGGAUACAGAAGAAAAGAUUGACAAGCACUCUUCUAUAGUUCUAAGCAUGCGUGUAUAUACAUAUUUUAUUACAAGAAAGUUUCACAAGCUAUCUCUAUUUGUCUGCUGCUUUGAAAAUCUGGUGUCUUUCUUGGCUAAGGAGUCCAAGCAGUUGAACAAAACCAAGCAAGACGCGUAUAUACGCAAUAGAAGUAAAAACUUGCUUGUUGAGUCAUGAUUACAUUUGCUUACAUUUAAUUUCUCUCUCUUUCUUGAAUUUCCAAGGAUGUUUAUUGGCCUGGAUCACCUUCACUCUUCUUGAAUCUCCCCAUUUCUGCUUUCUUUUUUGUAUCUGUUUUAGAGCUAAAUUUGCUGUCCUGAUAGUAGUUGUUUAUCUGUAUUGUUAAUCAUUUGUUUUGUGUCAGAGGAAAAGUCAGUUUUGGGAGCUGAAAAAUUGAAUCUUGAUAGCUUUUGUAGAAUCUGGAGAGAAAAAAGAGGGCAAAAAAAAAAAAAGGAAGUAAAAUGAGUUGUUUUGGGAGCUAGGAAUUUAAGCUUGAUAUGUUUUGUUGAAUCUGUAGAGAAAAAGAGGGCAACAGGCAAAAAAACAAGUAAAAUGAGUGUUUUGGGAGCUAGAAAUUGAAUGUUUAUAGCUUUUUGUAGAAUCUGGAGAGAAAAAGAGGGCAACAAAAGCAAGUAAAAUGAGUAGUUUUGGGGGCUAGAAAUUGAAUCUUGAUAGCUUUUGUUGAUUCUGGAGAGAAAAAGAGGGAAAAGAAGGCAAAAAGGCAACAAAGUAGAAUUAGUUGUUUUGGGAGCUAGAAAUUGAGUCUUGAUAGAUUUGUAGAAUCUGGAGAGAAAGAGGGCAAAAAGCCCAAAAAAAAAAAAAUACAAGUAAAAUGAGUUGUUUGUUUUACUUCAAGGAAAAGGGCAAAGGUAGGGGGCAAAGAUCUGCACCAGUGUUGAAAGAGGAGAGUAAAUCAGAUGUUUCAGGAUCUGAGAGGGCUGCAAUAUCUUCAUGUUCAGCCUCAUCCCACCUCAGUUUCUCUGAGGUGUAUGAAGGGAAAGCUCAGAACCUGAGAGUGUUCUCUUUCAGUGAGCUUAGACAGGGAACCAAUAAUUUCAGCAGGUUGUUGAAGAUUGGUGAAGGCGGGUUUGGGUGCGUUUACAAGGGUAAAAUUAAGCCUGUUGAUGGAAAUGGUGAACCUGUUGUGGUUGCUAUUAAGAAACUCAAUAGAGAUGGUUAUCAGGGCCAUAAACAAUGGGUAGCAGAAGUGCAAUUUCUCGGGGUUGUGGAGCACCCGAAUCUUGUCAAACUAAUUGGAUAUUGUGGUGUUGAUGGGGAGAGGGGCAUACAGCGACUACUCGUCUAUGAAUUUAUGCAGAACAAAAGUCUUGAAGACCAUCUUUUCAGCAAGGCUUAUCCCGCUCUUACCUGGCAAAGAAGACUGCAAAUAGUGCUUGGAGCAGCUCGGGGAUUGGCUUAUUUGCACGAAGAAUUGGAAGUUCAGGUUAUAUAUCGAGAUUUCAAGUCUUCAAACGUGUUGUUAGAUAACGAUUUCAAGCCAAAGCUCUCAGACUUUGGCCUUGCAAGGGAGGGCCCAACAGGUCUUCACACUCAUGUCUCCACAGCAGCUGUAGGAACGUAUGGAUAUGCAGCCCCGGACUACAUUGAAACUGGCCAUCUCACAGCCAAGAGCGACGUAUGGAGCUUUGGCGUUGUCCUAUACGAGAUCCUAACCGGAAGAAGAUCAAUCGAGAGAAGCAGACCGAGCUCAGAACAGAAACUUCUGAGCUGGAUUAAGCAUUACCCUGCAGAAAGUCGAAAAUUCAGCAUGAUAAUGGAUCCAAGACUGGAAAACCAGUACUCAGAAAGUGCAGCUAGGAGGAUUGCAAAGUUAGCAGAUAGUUGUCUGUCAAAGAGUCCAAAGGCACGACCAAAAAUGAGCCAAGUAGUUGAAACUCUGCAGCAGAUCAUUCAGAGUUGCUGCGAAAACAGCCCCUCGUUCGAGCAUUUCCAGUCUGCUGCAGAAGAUUCAGCCGACGAUGAGCAAGAGCCCGAGCAGAAUGGGCCUACAGAAUCAGAAAAAAGGCGGAUGGCGCACUUGGCAAAACUAAGCGAACGCGUUGGUGGGCUUAGCAGAAAAGGGUUUAUGAUCAUGCAGAGGGCCAAAGUUACUUGAAAAAAAUGCUGUUUUCUUCUGCAUAAUUUGAUAUUUGUUUAUUUGUGCAGUAUAUGUGUAGAUUAGAAACAUGGUUAGGAAGUACAUAAAGGUUUCCACUUGUCUGCAACUAUGUUAAAUUGGCUUAGAGAGCUUAUAUAUGAGUUUUUGUCAACUUCUAAUAUAAUAUUCACUUCCCGACUUUUCCGGAGUA